AUGGAUCGGGUUUAUAUAAGGAAAAGUCCAGAAUGGAAACAAGGGUGGACGACCCAGUCUCUAGGCUCGAUCUCUGCCCCACCCCUCCCAUUGUUGGGCAUAUUCGCCGUUUUUAUGUUCUGGUUGUCUCUAUCUCAAUAUAAAAGCUACAAGGAUCAGAUGUAUAAUGCUGCUAUUAGUUUCAAGUUAUUCCUAUACUUGGUGCCUGUUUUUCUGAUCUUCUUCAUGCGUUCGAGCCUCACAAGUUCAUUACCCAACUUCUGGUCUUCACAACCUAGAAACGUAAGGCACGAGUGGGCACGUGGAAUGGCAGGAUUCCCCUGGGGCGUGGCUGUUUUGGUGGUGCUGCUGCUAGUGCUGGUGUCGUACCAGUCCUCGUUUCGCUCCCACUGGUUCCAUCUAUCGUGA